UAACACUACUGUUAUUAACGAUUUGAGCGGAAGAAAAACAAAAUGGCGUAUAAUGUAAAGCGGAAUUGACGCUGGUCGUUGUUGUAUAUUUUACAUCAUUAACAUAUUAUAGUUUAAGUAUUUUAAUAAGAAUGUGGUAGUAAUCUGAAUCGAAGAUGGAGUUCGAUGAAAUUGUGGUGAAAGAGAGCCCAGGGCUUUGCCGGUGCUGUCUUUCUGAAGGUUGUUAUAAGGACUUGGGAACAGAAUAUACAUGGAUGGACGAGACCGAAGUGUACGCCGAUAUAUUGCUAGAAUGCUUUGAUAUCAGUAUAUCGCAACACAUGGAAGGACCGAAUGGACCAAACCGUCUUAUCUGUGAGGUCUGCAUCACACGUCUUCGUGACGCGUGUAACUUCAAGAAGCAAGUCCUCGAUUCCGAAAAGAAGUUUGUCGACAUGGUCGGUAGGGGCGAGUUCAAGUCAAAGGUAAUAGUUUAUCAGGAACAAAUGAAGUCUGAAAUGAUUGUGGAACCGCAACCAGCUCACGACGCUGAUGUUGAAUAUUUGGACGAGGAAAUUGAUUAUGAUGAUGGAAAUAAAGACGAUUCAAACGAACCUACAGUAUCUGAAGACAUAACAGUUGAUGCGUUACCGAUAAAAGGCAAACGUGGAAGGCCUAAAAAGUCAACCGUCAAACCGGAAAAGAAAAAAUCGAAACUAGAGGAAAAGACUAAACCGAAAAUUGUCAAAGAUAUAAAACAUCGGAAAAUCAAAGGCUGCGAAUCAUCGUCGAUGCGUAGGCGGAAAAAUCUUCAAUUACUUUUCAACAAUACGACGAUAAUUCCGUUCAAAUGGAGGGGAAAAUAUCUGUGUUUCUUUUGCAGUAAGGAUAUAGCACAAUAUUCUGAAUUACGUAAGCACACGAAAUCUCAUGGGAAUUGCUCGAUAGAAGAUCAUUCUCUGAAAGUAUUGAAAGGUGGGCAGAACAUGGAAAUAAAGAUUGAUAUAUCUGAAAUAGGCUGUGAGAUUUGUAAUGAAGAAUUUCCAGCGUUCGACGAUGUUUUAAAUCACCUUUUCGUCAAGCAUAAAUUGGAAUAUGACAAAGAUGUCGAUAUGGCUAUAGAAGAAUAUAAACUUGUUGAUCUCAGCUGUAGUCAGUGUGACGAUAAGUUCACUUACUUCGGUUAUCUCGUCUCUCACAUCAAUAAUAAUCACCCAAAGAACUGUUUGAUAUGUGACAAAUGUAAUCAGAAGUUCAAUAAGAAACGAGAUCUCUUUUCGCACAUGAAGAAUUAUCACCGAGAAGGGGGUUACCCGUGUGACGUAUGUCCUCAGAGUUUCAGCUCACUAAACAUACUAAGGAAACAUAGAAAUAAUAGACAUUUAACGAGAUGCAACAUUUGUCAUUUAAGACUACCUUCAGCGGUUCUCAAACAGAAACAUAUAGAAUUAGAACAUCCGGACAAUGGUUCGUUGCAAUGUGAUAUUUGUUACAAAGACUUCCAUACGAAACAAGGUUUGAAAAUGCACUUGCGGAAAUGUAAGGGAGACAUUUUCGAUAUACCUAUAAAGAAAGAAGAAUACGACGCUAUGGAUUUGGACAGCAGCUAUGAAAACGUAAAACGUCCAAGCGUCAAACAGAUCAGAGAAAAUAUUGUAACAGUCAUAAAUAUGUCUACCGCGAUACCGUUUAAUUUUUAUAAAAAUAAAUUCAAUUGCUUCUAUUGCUCGAAAGAUUUCCCUGAUUCCGAUUUGAUGAGAGAACACACGGUUUUAGAACAUCCAAUAUGUGAUGUCAAAGAGAAAUGUAUAAGAAAAUGCAGGGAAUCGGUUGCAUGCGUUAAAAUAGAUAUUUCAUCUUUAGCGUGUAAGGUUUGUUUCGAAUCGAUGCCUGAUUUGGAGACUCUAUUAGACCAUCUUAUAUCGAAACAUGAGGCUAAUUAUGACAAAUCAAUAACCACGUGUUUGCAGCCUUAUAAAUUGAUCAAAGAUCACAUGGCCUGUCCGAAUUGUCCCAGCGAAGUAUUUAGAUUUUUCGGCACAUUAUUAAAACACAUGAACAACAAACACACGAAUAAUAAUAUUAUCUGCGUUUAUUGUGGACAAACAUUUCGACGGGACCAAAAUUUGAGAGUUCAUAUAUGGAGACAUCACAGAGACGGCAGAUUCAAGUGCAAUAUAUGCGGAGCUGAUUGUAACAUUCCUUCGAGGUUAUAUAUGCACAUGGCUAAUGCACACGGCGUUAAAGCAGCGAAAUGUCCGAAAUGUUCGGAAGCAUUCCCCACACAGUAUCUCAGACAAAAACAUUUAAUAGAAGCACAUGAUUCCGGCCACAAAUGUUCCUACUGUGGUAAAUUAUUCACGCGUAAUUCGUUCAUGCGUGAUCACAUACGAAGGACGCAUUUGAAAGAGAAAAAUGUGGAAUGUUCCAUAUGUAACAUGAAAUUCUUCAAUAAUAUACUUUUGCGUCGUCAUAUGGUGAAACACAGCGGGGAGAAGAAUUUCCAUUGUGACAUUUGUGGGGAAAGAUUCUAUUGGAGGAAGAGUUUACGAACGCAUAUGUCCAGACAUAAUAAGCAUAUUAAUUCUGUAUAAAAAUAUUACAUAAGCAUCGAUUGUCAGGUUCCUUAUUUAAAGAAUCGUUAUUGUACGUCAGGAAACCGAUCGGUUGAGUGACAGCUCGUAUCUUCGAUUCGUAAGCAAAACGAAUCGUUUCCUGAAUAUAGUAACCGGUCAUAUCUAAUGUAAAACACUUUACUGCCAUAAUUUAAGCUUUUCAUGCGUUCUCAUUUAUUUUCUACCA